GAUGGUAUCUCCAAUCGCCACGUGAUGGUCCGAUGACGGAAUCCGAUGUCCUCCAUUUCUUUCCUUGGCUGAUCUUCGGCUGAACCUUUCUGCGUGGGAGCUGUGGCAGAAAAUUGAUGGACGCAUGUAUGUAUGACUCCCAACGCUCUGCUCCAUACAAUUGAAUUUUUUUUAUAAAAGCCGAAGAAGAUCUCGAGAUAUCUCCCUUCGUCUUCCCUUCCCAUUUCUCUUCUUUCUUUUCUUCCAAGCCAAUUCCAAAUCUCAUCCCUGGACCUGUAAAUAUAUCCUCCCACUUCCCGGAUACAUCGUUUGAUUUACUCGUCUUCAAACGCAUCAGUGAUUCGUACUCCCAACAGUAUCACGGAAACCUCUCAACGCUUGUCCCGACUCCCUCAAGCAUACGUUGAUUCAAACAUACAAAAUUCGAGCAUAGAAACACAUAAACGGUACUUGGAGCCUGUUUUGAUUUGAAGUAGGUAGUUGAAAUCCUUCUCAUAUCUAAACAGUUCAAGCAUCUUUAAAAUCUUGCUCAAUUUUUACCCCUCCAAACCCCACCAUCCAACAAAGCCUCACAAACAUGGCAUCAACAAACUUCGAAUUACCAGAUCCAACAUCAGACCUUCAUUGGUCUGCGUUCCGUGGCGCUAUCCAGGACAUCUUCACUGCAAAUGCGGAAGCUCAUCCCGAUAGACUUUGUGUUGUGGAAACUGCCUCGGCGACUUCCCCAAGGAGAGAAUUUACCUACCGACAAAUCAACGAAGCUUCAAAUAUCCUAGCCCAUCAUUUGGUGGAGCGUGGAGUCCAACGAAAUGAAGUUGUCAUGUCAUAUAGUUACCGUGGUGUGGACUUGGUUGUCACUGUCAUGGGUAUCUUGAAAGCCGGUGCUAUAUUCUCAGUUAUUGAUCCUUCGUACCCUCCUGAUCGUCAAAACAUCUACCUUGAUGUUGCAAGACCAAGAGCUUUGGUUGUUAUCGACAAAGCUACCAGAGAGGCUGGAGAGUUAACGGAGAAAGUGCGCAAUUUCAUCGCCGAAAAUUUGGAUUUGAAGACCUACAUCCCAGGUCUGGAAUUGAAGGACGAUGGAACGUUGGUCGGCGGAGAUGAUCAAGGAAAAGAUGCUUUCCAAGGCCAACAAUCUUCGAAAGCUAAGAGCCCUGGUGUUGUUGUUGGACCCGAUUCUACACCAACUUUGUCAUUUACCUCCGGCUCGGAAGGUCGUCCAAAGGGUGUUCGAGGAAGACAUUACUCUCUUGCAUAUUACUUUGACUGGAUGGCUGAGAAAUUUGGCUUGUCUAAGAAUGACAAGUUCACAAUGUUGAGCGGAAUUGCUCAUGAUCCUAUUCAAAGAGAUAUCUUUACACCUCUCUUUCUUGGUGCUCAAUUAUUGGUUCCAUCAAAGGACGAUAUUCAACAUGAAAGAUUGGCUGAAUGGAUGAGAGAGCACGGUGCCACCGUUACUCAUUUGACACCCGCAAUGGGUCAAAUUUUGGUUGGUGGAGCUAGCGCCGAAUUUCCAGCUCUUCAUCACUCAUUUUUUGUCGGAGAUAUCCUGAUUAAGAGAGACUGUAAGGCACUUCAGAAAUUGGCACCAAAUGUGUUCAUUGUGAACAUGUACGGAACAACCGAAACACAGCGUGCAGUCAGUUACUACGAGAUCCCAAGCCGAGCCUCGGAUCCACAAUACUUAGAGAAUAUGGGAAAUGUAAUUCCAGCUGGAAAGGGCAUGAAGGACGUCCAAUUACUUAUCGUUGAUCGCGAAAACCGAAACCGCAUCUGUGAUAUUGGAGAGAUUGGCGAGAUCUACGUUCGAGCUGCUGGACUUGCUGAAGGUUAUCUUGGAAGUGACGAACUUAACAAGGCCAAGUUUGUUGACAGUUGGUUUGUUGAUAACUCUAAGUGGGUCGAGGAAGACGCAAAGAACGCAAAAUCCUUAUCCGAAGAACCUUGGAGAGAAUUUUAUAAGGGCCCAAGAGAUCGAAUGUAUCGAUCAGGUGAUUUGGGCCGAUAUACUCCAACUGGAGACGUAGAAUGUGUUGGUCGUGCAGAUGAUCAAGUCAAGAUUCGUGGUUUCAGAAUUGAACUUGGUGAAAUCGACAAAUACCUCUCAGAUCAUGUCAUGGUUAUGGAUAAUGUCACUUUGGUCAGAAGAAAUAAGGAUGAAGAACAAACACUUGUCAGCUAUAUCGUACCUGACAUGCAAAAGUGGGCUCAAUGGUUAGAGCAAUUGGGUCUCGAGGACGAUACUUCCGGUGGAGAAGGAAUUCAAGGAAGACUUAGAAGAUUUUGGCCUCUCGGCGAAGAUAUCAAGAAGUAUCUCAAGACUAAGCUGCCAUCUUACGCCAUUCCAGAAGUCAUUAUUCCUCUGGAGAAAUUCCCUCUCAAUCCAAAUGGAAAGAAGGAUAAGCCUGCACUUCCAUUCCCAGAUGCUGCACAAUUACAAGCCGCAAGACCAGUUGGUGCAUAUUCCGAGCUUUCAGAUAGUGAGAAGGAGGUUGCAGCUAUCUGGGGAUCAUUGAUUCCUACUAUUGAUGAAAGAACAAUUAACCCUGACGAUUCAUUUUUCGAUAUUGGAGGCCACAGUAUCUUGGCGCAACAAAUGCUUUUUAAGGUUAACAAGAAAUGGACUGGUAUUAACAUUAAUAUGAGCGUCAUCUUCCGAAACCCAACGUUGAAAGGAUUCGCCACAGAGAUCGCACGUAGAUCGUCAUCUGAUGGUGAUGUGAAGGAAGAAGUAGAGGUUGCCGAGGAUUAUGAAGGAGAUGCGCAUGCCCUUGCCAAAACCCUCCCAUCAACAUUCCCCUCAGCCGAUGAGAAGAUCACUUCAACCACACCUCUUACCGUCUUCCUUACAGGCGCUACUGGUUUCCUCGGCUCCUAUCUUAUGCGCGAUCUUCUCUCCCGCUCUCAGCCUAUCAAAGUUAUUGCUCAUGUGCGAGCACUCGAUUCCAAGGCAGCUCUGGAUCGUGUUAUUCAAACUUGCCAAGCAUACGGAGUCUGGGAUCCCUCUUGGGCAUCACGUAUCUCGUGCGUCGUCGGUAACCUUGGGGAACCGCAACUAGGCCUCUCUCCGGAAGACUGGAAGACUGUCUCUGAGACUGCAAAUGUUAUCAUUCAUAAUGGAGCCCAAGUUCAUUGGGUCUACCCGUAUCAAAAUCUCAAGCCUGCAAAUGUAAAGGGAACUCUCGACAUUCUUUCCCUUUGCGCAACUGGUGUUCCCAAACGUCUCUCCUUUGUCUCAUCUACCUCCGUCCUUGACACAGACCACUUCGUUCAACAAUCAAGAUCUGGUAUCGCUGUAUCCGAAGAAGACGAUCUCUCCGGUUCAGCAAAGGGUCUCGGAACAGGUUAUGGUCAAUCAAAAUGGGUAGCCGAGUAUCUCGUCCGUACAGCUGGCUCCCGCGGUCUCCGUGGCACAGUUGUUCGACCGGGUUAUAUUACCGGUGAUAAGACCUCUGGCGUAACCAACACAGAUGAUUUCCUAAUCCGUAUGGCGAAAGGUUGUAUUCAGCUCUCCUGCCGUCCACGUAUCUCCAACACAGUCAAUCAAGUCCCCGUCAACCACGUCGCGCGCGUUGUUAUAGCCUGCGCUCUUCACCCUGCCAAAACACCACUUGGUGUCGCCCAAGUCACAAGUCAUCCUAGACUAACGUUCUCUCAAUACUUAUCUACACUCGAAACAUAUGGUUACAAUGCCCCUGAAGUCGAAUAUGCAGUCUGGAGUCAAAAACUUGUGGAAUACGCCGCAAAUGCCAAUCCGGAGAAGGAACAACAUGCACUUAUGCCUCUUUACCAUUUCGCUACAUCAGAUCUCCCAGCCGACACCAUUGCUCCAGAGAUGGACGAUGUCAAUGCUGCUGCCUCCCUUAAAGCGGAUGCAGAAUUCACGGGUGAGGAUUUAAGCGCAGGUGGAUAUUUGGAUGAGAACAUCAUGGGAAAUUAUCUUGCUUAUUUGGCAGGUAUUGGGUUUUUGAGCUUGCCGGAGGAGGGGAAGGGAAAGAAGUUACCUGAGGUGAAAAUUAGUCCUGAGCAAAAGAUUGCAUUGUUGAGAGUUGGAGGAAGAGGUGCGUUGGUUUGAGCGGAGAUUUGAGUUUCUAUCUGCAUUUGUGUGGCCAAGAAGUUACAGUUUCAUAGGGAGCGAGCAUAAACCAUAAAAACAAAUCGAAGAGCUAUUUCUUCAAGUAUUCAGGAUGUGUCCUCUCCUUUAUAUUGUGUGCAUUAAAUUUUUGAUGCUGAAAAAUACCCAUAAACUGAAAAUUGGCAUCCCAGAGCA